AUGCCGGUGGUAACAGUUCUCAUGGACAAGACCACGAUCAGGGAAGAUUUGGAGCAGCUAUGGACUUUAGAAGCCAUGGGAAUUAGUGACCAAGAAGACGGCCAAUUAACACCAGCGGAAGAAAAAGCCGUGGAACAUUUUGAAAAAUCCACUCAAUUGAAGAACAAGCGCUAUGAAGUGUCACUUCCAUUCCGAGAGCGGGUUCUGAAGGUAGAAAAUAACUACAUGCAAGCGCUGAGAUGCUUGGAGACUUUAGAAAGAAGAUGGGAACGCAACCAAGAAUUUGCAUCAGCCUAUAAGGAAGUCAUGAAUGAGUACUUCGAGAAGGGUUAUGCUCACAUAGUGCCUAGUGAAGAAGUCAGGAAACCGAAGGAAGUGUUCUACCUGCCGCACACAGCGAUACAACUGGCUCCAACCAAUCGAGAUUAUGUCCGGUUUCUGUGGUGCGAGGAGAAGAAUCAAGUAGUGCGAGUCUGGCGUUUCUCAAGUCUAGUAUUCGGUUUGGCUUGUUCACCAUACUUCGCCAAUGCAGUAAUCCAGGAUCUAGCCAACCGACAUGGCAGUUCCCAUCCCAUGGCCAGUCAAACCUUGAAGAACGACAUUUACGUUGACGAUGUGUUCAUCUUCGCUGACUCCUCGGCUGAAGCCCUUACCAAGCUUGACCAAGUCAAUGAAAUGCUUCAAGAGGGGAGCUUCACACUUACAAAGUUCUAUUCGAAUAGCUUAGAGCCGGAUGAACAAAAGGCCAAGGCCCUGGGCGUGUCCUUCCACACCAACACGGAUGAGCUAGUUUAUCAAGUCCAUUCGGUAGCCACCACGUGGGACCCCAAUGCCGUUGAAACCAAGCGCACCGUGUUGUCGAAAAUCGCAGGAAUCUUUGAUCCAUUGGGCCUAGUGGCCCCCAAACCAUUCUUCUCAAAAUAUGCAUAUAUACAGGAAGAGUGGACUCAAGCGGUAAAGAUCUUGGCCCUUCAACAGACUCAGCAUUUCCCGAGGUACAUUGGCUUCGAAACUCGGGAACAAAUGGUAGAAUUGCAUGUGUUUUGUGAUGCCUCAAAAAAGGCCUAUGCGUGUUGCAUCUACAUACGUUACGUUCUGGGCGAUAACAUCCGGGUCACCCUGUUACUCGCUAAAGCAAAAGUGGCACCCACCAAAGCCUUAUCGUUAACGAGACUGGAAUUGAUGGCUUGUCGAAUUGGGGCGACUCUGCACACCAAAGAGUCCGGAAUGUCAUGGACCACGUGA